GGCUGUGAUUGGUCGAGGUUGUGUGUUGGAAACGUCAGGGCCCCGCUGCUUCCCCUUGCUCUGCUCCGGUGCCGGGCAGCAGCAGUAGCAGCAUGGCGGCCGGGAGAGAGAGCCUGUCCCACCGCUGGAUCCGGGGAGUGGGGCUGCUCUACCUGUGUAUCCGGGGGCCGCGUCUCUACAGAGUCUACCGGCUUAACCAUGGCCGAGGCCGGGCCCGGGAGGAGAACGAGCCCGAGCCUUCCUGGGAAUCAUUCUAUCAGCCCAGAGCUCUGGAGAAGCAUACAGAUAGCAUCUUGGCUUGGGUGUCUGUCCUUUGGACCAUUUCUUACUACUCUUCCCCACUUGCUGCCUUUUACAUGUACCGAAAAGGACAUAUGAGCGUCACCAGGAUGCUUCUCCUAGGACAGUAUGGCAUGACUCUGCUUUUCCUGCUGGCGGGAGUGGCGUGUCUGAGAGGUUUGGGCAGAUGGACCAACCCACAAUAUAUUCAGUUUAUAAGCAUCUUACAGAGCAACAGAAUGGAUAACUGUCCAGAAAACAAGAAACUGCUUUGCAAUUACAACUUUGACUUUCGCAGUUGGCCAGUGGAUUUCCGAUGGGAUGAUACAAGCAGUACAGAUGAGAAGACAGAAAAGUCAUCAGGUGGGGUGUCAUUGCUGAAACCAGAACCUCGAACACGUGGAGCUGCUGACGGCAUGUUACAGAGGGUGCAGAAGCUCCCAUGUCAGAUAACCAGCUAUAUUGUAGCUCACUCGUUCGGCCGAAGGAUGCUGUACCCCGGCUCUGUGUACCUCUUACAGAAGGCUCUCAUGCCCAUGUUAUUACAGGGUCAGGCUCGUCUGGUGGAAGAGUAUCAAGGGAAGCGAGCGAAGCUGCUGGCAUGUGAUGGCAAUGAAAUAGACACCAUAUUUGUGGACCGCAGGGGCUCCGGGGACAGCACUGGAUCAAAGCUGGUUAUCUGCUGUGAAGGAAAUGCUGGCUUCUACGAGGUUGGCUGUGUCUCCACUCCACUGGAAGCUGGUUAUUCUGUCCUCGGAUGGAAUCAUCCUGGAUUUGCGGGCAGUACGGGUGUCCCUUUUCCUCAGAACGAAGCAAACGCAAUGGACGUUGUUGUCCAGUAUGCCUUGUAUCGCCUCGGCUUCAAAAUGCAAGACAUCACUGUUUAUGCCUGGUCUAUCGGCGGCUUCACAGCCACAUGGGCCUGUAUGUCCUAUCCAGACAUCAGUGCUCUUGUCCUUGAUGCCUCUUUUGAUGACCUGGUUCCUCUGGCCUUGAAAGUGAUGCCGGAAAGUUGGCGAGGUCUGGUAACCAGAACAGUCCGGAAGUAUCUAAAUCUAAACAAUGCAGAGCAGCUAUGCAGGUUUCAGGGUCCUGUUCUGCUGAUCAGGAGAACAAAUGAUGAAAUUAUCACAACCACAACCCCAGAGGAUGUUGCAUCGAAUCGGGGAAACAACCUCCUUCUCAGUCUGCUGCAGAGCCGUUAUCCCAAUGUGAUGACAGAAGAGGGGCGAAGGGCGGUGAAGAUGUGGCUUGGAGCCGCCACUCCAGAGCAAGAAGCAUCGGUAUUCAGCCAUUACGGAGUAGAAGAGGACUGGUGUCUAUCUGUGCUUCAGUCUUAUAAGGCAGAGAACUCGGGGCACUUUCCAUGGUCUGUAGGAGAGGAGAUGAGCAUAGAAGGAAGACAGCAGCUGGCUCUGUAUCUUGCACAAAAACAUCUGAGAAGCUUUGAAGCCACGCACUGUACUCCCCUCCCCGCUAGCGCCUUUCACAUGCCCUGGACAGUAUAAUACCCUUGAAGCCUCUAUACCAUCCACACACUAUGAUGUCUAUGGAUUACACCCAACCGCUAUCCUAAUGUCAUUCUCCGCUCCUCGUGAACGGCAGCUAACACCAAUGAAUAAAGAUGGUCGCCUCUCCACCCAACUCUCAUACCUCUUCGGAUGUCUUCUUUUUUUAUUUUUUGGAAUAAUGGACUUUUGUUGAGCAGGAAAGGGUGUAAAGUCACCCUGCGAUAUUUUCAAAAAAAACGCUAUUAAAAUGUGAAUACUGUAUGAUUAGUUUGUCACUGUCAAGGCAUGGAGCUAAACCACUGGCUGUUCUUUAGCGUCUACAUGGAUGUCCCUGCCAUGCUGACAUUUUUAGUUUGAUUCUAAUUUUAGAAAAUGAAUACAGGCAAAUGCUGCAAUGAAAUGCCA